CUGGUGUUAAUUAAUGCCACUGAAAGAUCAUUUAAUGAUGGAACAUAUGACUAUGAUCUAGCGGUAAUCGGUGGUGGUUCUGGGGGUCUUGCUUGUGCAAAGGAAGCGGUGAACCUUGGUGCCAAAGUGGCAGUAUUAGAUUAUGUGACCCCAUCGCCUCAAGGAACUAAGUGGGGCCUCGGUGGGACUUGUGUCAAUGUUGGUUGUAUACCAAAGAAGUUGAUGCACCAGGCCGCAAUACUCGGUGAAAGUAUACAUGAAGCCGUCGCUUACGGAUGGGAAGUGCCUUCUAUAGAACAGGUCAAAAUAAACUGGUCGUCUUUGACCGAAGCUGUUCAGAAUCACAUUAAAUCAGUGAAUUGGGUGACCAGAGUAGAUUUAAGGGAGAAGAAGAUCGAAUAUAUCAAUGGUUUGGGAGAAUUCAAGGAUCCACAUACAUUGGUUGCGACGUUGAAGAAUGGGAAUAAGAAGGAACUUACAGCUAAGAAUAUUUUGAUAGCUGUGGGCGGGCGACCACAUUACCCUGACAUCCCUGGCGCUAAGGAGUACUGCAUCACCAGUGACGAUAUCUUCAGCUUGAGCCAUCCUCCUGGCAAGACGCUGGUCGUUGGCGCUGGGUAUAUCGGUCUAGAAUGCGCUGGUUUCCUCAAUUCAUUGGGUUUUCCUGCCACGGUGUUGGUGAGGUCGGUGCCGUUGAGAGGUUUCGACCAACAGAUGGCGGGGCUCGUCAUCAGCGAAAUGCAGGAGAAAGGAGUCGUGUUCCAGCAUAAGUGUAUCCCUCUGUCCGUGGAGAAGCUUGAGUCCGGACAGCUCAAGGCUCGCUGGUUGAACACGGAGACACAGCAACAGAGCGAAGAUGUUUUCGACACAGUAUUACUGGCCACAGGCAGAUACGCUCUCACUGAACAACUCAAUCUGAAAGCUGCCGGCGUUACUACGUUGGACGAUCACGGCAAGGUCGUCUCCAGCGACGAGUCCACCAACGUUCCUCACAUCUUCGCAGUCGGUGACGUGCUGUCUGCUCGGCCGGAGCUCACUCCUGUAGCGAUCCACGCGGGACGGCUCCUCGCGCGACGCAUGCUCGGCGGAGGGAAACAACACAUGGACUACGAUAACGUCGCUACCACUGUUUUCACACCACUGGAGUAUGGCUGUGUGGGGCUCAGCGAGGAAACGGCGUUAGAGAGAUACGGUGCUGACAAUAUUGAGGUGUACCACGCCUAUUACAAGCCGACGGAGUUCUUCAUACCUCAGAAGAACAUUCGCAACUGUUACUUGAAGGCGGUGGUCCGGCGCGAGGCUCCCUGCCAGGUGCUGGGGCUUCACUUCGUGGGCCCCGCGGCCGGAGAGGUCAUACAGGGCUUCGCUGCCGCUAUCAAGUGCGGUUUGACCAUGGAACAGUUAAUGAACACAGUAGGCAUACACCCAACGGUUGCUGAGGAGUUCACACGAUUGAACAUUACCAAGAGGUCCGGCAAAGACCCCAACCCAGCCUCAUGCUGCAGCUAG